UGUCACUGAGCUGCCAGACACGCAGUGCCUCUCAGUAGUUCUCCCUGGAGGACAAGAGCUGGUUGGUUUCCUCGGCUUUUCAUCCAUCCUUUGGUCUCCAGAACCCACCCCGUCUGCGAGAGACACUGGAAAAUCCCUUCUCGGCACAGCUUGCCUUUAUGGACUCAGAAGCUGGUCAUUAUUGACAAAGAGAGUCAAGAAGAAAGUUUGCUGUGGACGGAGAUGAGUGAACACAAUAUAGCCUCUGAAGAAAUGAAAUUUCCCAACGCAUUUCAGAAGCAGAAGAGAAGACAUGCAAAAGGGAAGAGAGAAGAUUGCUCAGUUCUUCCCUGGCCGUUAUUUGCUGGAACUCUGGCCAUCUUGUCCCUCGGACUCAUGGCCUCCAUAGUAGUAAUCACUGUCCUGAUUACAAACCACUCUUCCAACCAAAGACAUCAAAGCCUUCCUGCACUUCCAAACACCACCACAUCCCAGAGAGAUUGUUAUAAUGGCACUUGCUCAGAAAACUGGAUUUGGAGUAGAGGGAGCUGCUAUUAUAUUUCCAAAGAAAGCAAGCCUUGGCCAAACAGUCAAGCUGCCUGCAAGAAAAAGAAUUCCAGUCUCCUGAAGAUAGACAGCAGAGAAGAGUUAGAAAGUUUCCUGAAAUACCUGAAAGCAUCCUAUUGGAUUGGACUGUCUCGUAAUGGCACAGCAGGGCCCUUGCUGUGGGAGGACGCUUCUGCUCUCUCCCAGGAUAAGUUUCUCUGCACCGUUGGGGUAAAUUCCAUAAUCCGCCUUAGAACCACUCUCCCAAAUGAAUCAGGGAGAAGGGAAGACUCCUAAAUUGGCAUCUGGGGGGAAAUUGUGGAUGGGAACAAUCCAGUAGUUUCAGACCAAACCUAGGGAAGUCCAUGUGUUUGAAAAUUCACCAUGGUCUCCCUGAGUUUCCCUCAUAUACUAGGGCAAGAAAUGAUCCGAAG